UCUUACAUUAUUGACCAUUUUAAAGUAUGAAUUUCUCAACUUAUAUCCCCAGAAAUUUAAAGUAGAAGACUUAUAUUCUCUAACAAAUGUUCAAGACAUUGUGUGCUCAAAUUAUCUUUUUCUUAUUAAUUAUGUUCACAAAAUAGAGGCUUUCGCCUUUGGCUUUUCGAAUUGAUAUAUUGUAUGUUUAGUAGAGAUUUUCUUUAACAUCAGGCCACAGUCAAGUUCCAAAAGAAAAAAAAAAAAAAAAAAAAAAUCUAGGAGCAAGCAGGUCUUAGGGCAACUGUAGAUGCGCCCGAUCUGAUGUUGUAUUUAUGUGUGAUUGGAUUUUCUCGUUUGGUUUUCAGUGGACUUUUGUUAGCCGUACCAAAUUAUCUAAAAACAUUUGUUUUUUUUUGUGUUCUUCAGAAAUUAUCUAUAAAUAUGUGUAGUGAAACUAUUUGAUUGGAUAUUGUCUUCAACGUGUGGUUAUUUACAAGCGUCCACGUGUCACUUUGAGACAAUUUGUCGUCUCUUGUGUAAUAAAAUAAAAUAAAAUAAAGUGGUGGGGGAUGGGAUGCGAAUCCCUUCGACUAUACACGCCCGCUUUGUAGGCGUAGGUGGAUUUUGGGAUACAAUUAUUCAGUGGGUGGGAAAGCCACCGUCCCUUGAAAUCCGGAGAACGAAAAGUGGGCUCUAUAAAGAAAUGUAACUUAAAAAAAAAAAAAAAAAAAAAGACAGCAUUUUCUGUGUCAUAAAUAACUUACAAAUUUUUUUUUCUUUUUUUGUUUGUUGAGAAAACCUUUUGGUGCCACGAAAGGAGUAGGAGAGGCUUUGUCGUGCUCGUUUUUAAGUCACUCGUCUAUAUAAUUUUAUUUAGUUUUUUCAAAAAAAAAUUUUUAUCCUGUUUACGGUAGCUGAAGUAAGUAGAUUAUUAUAAAUCAGAUCUCUGGAACGAAAAUAGUUGUUUGAUUAAAAAAAUAUAUUAUAUUAUAUAUUUUUUUUAAUUUUUCGGUCACCAAGUGAAGUGCGAUGAAAAUAUAAGUUUAUGAGCAAAUGACAUGCCAAUCUGGUCUGACAUAGAGUCAGCUAUUAUUUUCGAUCUUUAAUAUCAGAUAUAACAUUGAAGAACAUACAUCGCGUGAAUGGACUCUGUAAUCUCUCUUGGUGUGUGUAGAGGAAUGCUGAGCCUCCUGUGACAAGCAGAAGAGCUCACAUGAAAUUGCAAAACAUCAUAAUGAAACAAAAUGAACUGGAGCUGGUCCCAAACUUGGUGUGGGCGUAUAUUUUAGAGCCAGCCCAGAUCAGGCCCAAGAGUUCGACCUACAUAGUCAUUAUCUGUUACACGCCUCUACUGAUAAAAUAAAUAGGCGACAUAUAUGAAAACAUAUAAGAAAAAUAUUUUGCUCAUAAAUAAAUUUUAUAAUAUUUUACACGCUAUAUAAUUUAAUAGAUGAGUUUCAACCUCGAUAUCAUAAGUUAUCCUUAUUUUCUAGUGAUUUGCAUUUCUGUCCAAUUAAUGUACCUGUGAUAUAUGCUAGUUUUCAAAAGAGUCGUAAAAUUUGUUUGUUAGUACAGCUAGUGUUACUCAACAUAUAAUUAAUUAAUGUACACGGAGGCAUGUAGCAAAACACUAGUACGUACAGUUGCUAGUAGGACCCCCACAUGAUUGAGCAUUGUCGGUUGGAGGGUGGAUCGGAUGACUCAGUCUGUGAUGAUCGGCUCAGAUUAACUUUCCGAUGCCUUCGCAAACCAGGUUUGCAUGAUUCGUGACUGCAACAGCAAGUACUGUUUUAGCAGAACUUCAACUGAUAAUAAGAAAGCUCCAGGAGAAACAUUCGUUAAUCGCAUAGAUCGACUCAUCCUAGUUGGGAACAACUUCGUGCUUUAAUACCAGGUUUGAUUUGAGUUUCUAGGUUUUGAAGUCGGAAUCGAACCCACUGCAAAAAAUGUGAUCAUUGGACUGGCCUCUUAUCAAAUUUUAGGGUGUAAUUUCACAGCGCGCACAAAUUUUCAUGCCGUUCAUUCAGAAGAUAACGAGGAUUCAUUUACGUGUGAAUAGCAAUUGUAUAAUAAUGGGCUAAAAAAAGGCAUGAUUCAACCGCGGAGAUUUAAUCUUGUCAUUUGGUGAUGAAGUAUCCAAUCAUUCAGUGCAUGAAGCAUGACCUGGGGGGACUUAACCCAUUGAUCGAACCACCCUGGAUUUACCCAAACGCUUUUAUAAUAUCCUUACACAGAAGUAUUAAUUUUAAUCUUUAAUUAUUAAGUGGCCACUUUUUAUUAUAUAUAAUAUAUAAUAUAUAAUGUUAUACAUUAGGCAAGAGUACGAGCCUAGGGAAACUCUUUGAGGAUAUAUAUUUAGUGAGUUUCUAACUUAUUAUAAUAUAAAAAAAUUAUGAAUACUACUCACAACUACAAAAAUGCAAAAACUCUUUAUUUUCAGAUGUUUUUUCGUGCAAUCUUUUGUCUCUCCGGGUGCACCACAUUAUUAGCCCAUGUAUUGCCAUUUGCCAAGUAUUCAACAAUAAUUACAGAAUUUGUCAAUUUGAAAUUUAUUUUUUUAAAGAUAAUUAAAUAGAAAUAUAGAUAAAGUGGAUGAUAAAUUACUGGGAUGUAUUUCAUUAUCAUGGUGCAAGAGGUGCAAUCAGUUAUAUCUGUGUCCUGGGGUUGAAACAUUCGUUUCCCAUUUGUGGGCAAUUGGGCACGUCAAAAUCUAUACUAUAUGUUAACACGCAUGUAUGUCAAUAAACAAAUAACUUAUCUCUUGUUUAUCCAUUUAUUUAUGUAUCAUAUUGAGUAAUAAAGUCAUCUUAUCAAUGCAACUAAUUGUAAGAAAAGCAAAGAAAAAAAAAAAGCAAAGACCUGUGUGGAUCAAAAACAAAAAGAAGGACAAGAAGAAGAAAGCCAAAUCUUAGUUAAGAGAUGGCGGAGGCCGAGGAGGGGGUGGUGAUCGUCGGCGCAGGGAUUGCGGGGCUCGCAACCGCCGCGGCAUUGACACGCAUGGGCGUGCGGGGCGUGAUCGUGCUAGAGAAGUCGCACGAGCUCCACACCACUGGGGCCGUCAUCUCUAUCUUUCCAAACGGAUGGCGCGCCCUCCGAGCCCUCGGCGUCGCGCACAAGCUCGCCAACAACUACCCCUCUUACAAAAUGAGUCGUGUAAUGAACCUUGAGACGGGGGAAACUCGGGAGAUUAAUCUCACGGGGACCAUGGACAGGGUUGGAAUUGGGGUUAGGACAAUUCAUAGGAAAGUCCUAUUGAGUGCUCUUGCUGAGGAGCUACCACCUGACACCAUUAGAUUCUCCUCGAAGUUGGUUUCAGUGAGAAGUGCAGAUCCUGAAGAUUCAACCUCCCAUUUCAUUUCCUUACAUUUGGACAAUGGAAGCAUUAUCAAAACAAAGGUACUGAUCGGUUGCGACGGUGUGCACUCCGUGGUGGCGCAGUGGCUGGGAUUAUCCGCGCCCAUCGAUUCAGAUCGGUCGGCGGUUCGCGGACUCGCGGAGUUCUCCGAACGUCAUGGAUUCCAGCAUCAGCUCCACCAGUACAUUAGCCAUGAUAAGAUGGCUGGGUUUGUUCCUGUCAAUGACAGGGAGGUUUACUGGUUCAUUUCCCAUGACACAAGCCAUAGAGAUCGGGAGAUGACUAGGCACCCGAAGCUGAUAAUACGGCAGGUGACGCGGCGGCUGGCGCGGGGCUUCCCCGACGAGUUCCUGGACGUGGUGCGCAACACCGACCCCUCCACGCUGACGUGGACCCAGAUUCACGACCGGGCCCCGUGGGCCCUCCUCCUGGGCCCGUGGGCCCACAUGGGCCGGGCCACCGUGUUGGGCGACGCGCUGCACCCGACCACCGUCGCGCCGGACCUGCCCCUGGGCGGGUGCGCCGCGCUCGAGCUCGAGGACGCCGUCGUGCUCGCGCGCCAUGUGGGGCCCGCGCUAACCUGCGCCGACGUGGGCGCUGAGGAGGCCCUGGCGGCGUACGUUAGCGAGCGGCGAUGGCGAGUGGUGGGCCUCGCCGCCGGGGCCUACGUGGCCCGGUGGGCCCAACGAGGGGCCGGUGGGGCACGCUACAGUUUCCGGCGGCGGUUGGUGGAGUGGGUGCUUCGGAGGUUUGUGGGGCCCAGGAUGAUCGAGGCCGUUAAUUAUGAUUGUGGGGACUUGGAUGAGAUGGAUUAGCAUUUUAGCUGCUUGGUGAUGCGUUAAAAUAACACCACUCAGUUGUUUGGUUCUUUUUACUUAUUAUUAUUACUAUUUUUUGGCCUUUUUUUUUUAAUUCAAUGUAAUAAUUCUUUUGGAUUGUGAGUGUUUAUGUUUGAAACUGUUUCAAGGAGAUGCAAUAAAAAAACCAAUAUGUAUUUACUUUUUAUAA